CCACAUCCACAUAAGGUUGCAGAGGCUUCAAUCUUGGUUUCCCGCACUCUUUGUUUCCCUACCGUACGUCUUGUGAUCUCUUUAGUCUGCAAAGAACAGAAAGAGAAAAAAAACCAUGGCUGGAGAAGCACUUCUUGGAGCUGCAGUUGGAGUGCUGCUCGACCGUUUGACUUCCAAGGAGCUCAUCAACUUCUUCCAGUGUCGAAAGCAUAACGAAAGGCUCCUCAAGAAGCUGAAGUUGAAAUUGCUUGGACUUAAUAAGGUGCUCAAUGAUGCAGAGGACAAGCAGAUCACUGAUCGAGCUGUGAAAGAAUGGCUUGAUGAGCUUAAAGAUGCCAUUUACCACGCCGAAGACUUAGUGGAUGAGAUUGCUACUGAGGCUUUGCGGUGCAAGGUGAAAGCCGAGUACCAAAGCGGCUCAAACCAGGUACAGUCUUUGAUCUCAUCUUUCACUAAACUAUUUGACGAUGAGAUAGAGUCCAAAUUAGAGAGCAUGAUUGAGAAAUUGGAAGAUUUUACGAAAGAAAAAGAUAUACUUGGUUUGAAAGAAGUUGCUGGACAGAACUGGUUUCACAAGUUGCCAACAACUUCUUUGGUGGAUGAGUCCUGUGUUUAUGGAAGGGAGGAUGACAAGGAGAAGAUAAUGAAAUUGUUGCUCUCUGAUGGAGAAAGUAGCAAUAGGAUUGAUGUGAUUCCGGUUGUCGGGAUGGGUGGGGUGGGCAAGACCACCCUUGCUCAACUUUUGUACAAUGAUGGUAGAGUGAAGGCGAAUUUUGAUAAGAAAGCAUGGGUUUGUGUCGCUGACAUAUUUGAUGUUUUAAGUAUCACAAGAACAAUUGUAGAGGCAGUCACGGGGCCGACUUCUAAUGCAAAAGACCUAAACUUGCUUCAGGUCAAGCUGAAAGAAUCAUUGGGUGGGAAGAAGUUUCUUAUUGUCUUGGAUGAUGUUUGGAAUGAUAACUAUGAACAUUGGGACACUUUGAUUACUCCUUUUAGUUUUGGAGCACGCGGGAGUAAGAUUAUUGUUACAACACGCAAUGAGAGUGUUGCAUCUAUCAUGCAAACAGUUCCUAUUCAUGGUUUGAAGGAAUUACCAGAGGAAGAUAAUUGGAUGUUGUUUUCCAAACAUGCUUUUCAGAAGGGCAAUUGCAAUGCACAUCCCAACCUUCAAAAGAUUGGCAAGAAGAUUGUGAAAAAGUGUAAAGGUUUGCCUUUAGCCGCAAAAACACUAGGUGGUCUUUUGCGCUCCCAACAAGAUGUUAAGGAUUGGAAUAAUAUACUUGAAAGUGCGAUAUGGGAGUUAUCAGAGCAGAAGAGCAACAUCCUUCCAGCCUUAAGAUUGAGCUAUCAUUAUCUCCCUUCCCAUUUAAAAAGAUGUUUCGCUUAUUGUUCCAUAUUUAUCAAGAAUUAUGAAUUCGACAUUAAGGAAUUAGUCUCAAAUUGGAUAGCAGAAGGUUUGGUGGAGAAGCCCAAAAAUAAUAAGACAGUGGAAGAGGAAGGUUAUGAGCGCUUCCACGAAUUGCUUUCAAGGUCAUUUUUUCAGAGGUCAAAUGCUAAUGAUUUUGUUUUCGUCAUGCAUGAUCUUGUUCAUGAUCUAGCUCAAUCUGUGGUUGGAGGUUUCUGUUAUAGGUUAGAUCAUGGCAAGCCAUGUGGUGCCUCUGAGAAUGUACGCCAUUUCUCGUAUGUUCGAGGUAGAUUUGAUGGUGUUGAUAAGUUCAAGGUAAUUAAGAAUGCUAAGUGUUUGAGGACUUUCCUUCAAGUAGACCGUAGAACCUAUGACAAACAAUGGUUGAGCAAAAAGGCGUUGGAUGAGAUUAUUUCAGGACUGCCACGUUUACGGCUUCUAUCUUUGCCGAGAUAUCAGAUUGAGGAAUUGCCUUAUUCAAUUGGCAAACUAAUACAUCUUCGCUUUUUAGACCUCUCCUAUAAUCGAAUCACACAGUUACCUGAAUCAGUUUGUACCCUAUACAAUUUAGAAACAUUGUUGUUAUCUAAUUGUCAUCUUCUUACAACCUUACCAGUAGAGCUUGUAAAACUAAUUUCAUUGCGUCAUCUUGAUUUAAGUGGAACCAACUUAAAAGAGAUGCCAAUGCAUAUAAGUAGGUUGAAAGAUCUCCAACAAUUAACUGUUUUUUUAGUGGGAAAAUGCAGUGGGUCCGGUAUCAAUGAGUUGAAAGAGCUUCAUAGUCUUUGUGGAGCAAUCACCAUCGCAGGUUUAGAAAAUGUAACAAGUGGCAGCAAUGCAUUGGAGGCAAAGUUGAAGGAGAAAAAGCACCUUGAAAAGUUAGCGUUAGAAUGGGGUAGCACUGCAGAGGAUUCACAGAAGGAAAGAGAUGUUCUUGAAAAGCUAGAGCCUCAUACACACUUGAAACACCUCCAUAUAAAAAACUAUAGAGGCACAAAAUUUCCUACUUGGUUAGGAGAUCAAUCAUUCUGCAAGAUGGAGUCGUUACGUUUAGAGAAUUGUGAGUUUUGCUUUUCCUUGCCACCACUUGGUCACCUGCCCUCUUUGAAGGAGCUUACAAUUGCAAGGAUGCCUUACAUAAGGAACGUUGGGCAUGAAUUUUAUGGAGAGAGUGGUUCUUUAAGCAAACCGUUUGAAUCUCUAGAGACUCUACGUUUUGAAGAAAUGCCGGAGUGGGUGCAAUGGCUUCAGUUAGAUGCCGGAGAGUUCUCUCGGCUUCAAAAGCUUGAGGUAAUCAAGUGUCCCAAUCUGAUUGGAGACUUUCCAAAGGUGCCUUCUUUGGUGAAACUUACUAUAGAGAAAUGCCCAAGGCUUGUGGCUUCACUUGUAAGGGCUACUUGUAUACGUGAGGUAGUGUUGGAGGAAUGCGAAGGGGUACAGUUCGAGACGCAAGGUGUAUCUUCUGUUGAAAAUCUAAAGAUUUCAAGCUUUGCAAGUCUGGAGGAAUUUGCAAGCGAGCUGUUACCACUAACAAAUCUGAAGGAGCUGAUUGUAGAGAAAUGUCCAAGGCUUUUGUCAUUUCUGGAGGAAAUGAUGUGCCUCAACAACUUGAAAGAACUUAGUGUUCGGUGGUGUCCGAAACUAGAGCUCCCGCUAUCUGUGGCGAUGAGUCAUUGCUACACAUCUCUUGAAAAAUUGACCUUGUUUGGCUGUGAGAGUCUCAAAUCCCUCCCGCUAGAUUUAUUCCCGAAGCUUCAAAAUCUAUCAGUUGAGGAUUGCACAAAUUUUGAGACCCUGGUGAUUCCAGAGGGGAUUGAGCUUCAAAAUCUAACAUCAAUUCAGCGCCUAAAUUUUGUCGGCUGUAGCAAUAUGGUAAUUUUUCAUUGCGGAGGAUUACCUGCUCCAAAUCUGUCUUAUUUAUCUUUCUGUGAUUGCAAGAAACUGAAGGCUCUUCCAGGACAAAUGAACACCCUCUUCCCAUCUCUUGACAUGUUCUUAUUAGCAUGUUGUCCAGAAAUUGAGUCUUUUCCGAAAGGGGGUCUGCCCUCCAAAUUACGUACUCUUUACAUUGUGAAUUGCAAGAAACUUGUUGGUGGCUGGAGAGAUUGGGGUUUGCAAAGACUCCCCUCUCUUACACGCUUUGCAGCGGGAGGUGAAUCUGAAGAUGUGUUGGAGUCGUUUCCAGAGGAGGGGCUGCUGCCCUCCACUGUUACAACGUUCUGGAUCAUAUGUAUGCCAAAUCUCAAAUCACUGAAUGACAAGGGCCUUCAACCUCUUGGUUCUCUCAAAUACAUGGAUAUUUGGGAUUGCCCUCAUCUCCAAUCCUUGCCAGAAGAGGGGCUUCCCUCUUCCCUCUUUGAGCUGCAAAUUAGGGAAUGUCCAUUGCUGAAACCUCGUUGCCACAUGGAAGGAGAAGACUGGCAUAAGAUUGCUCACAUCCCUCUUAUAAAUAUCGAUGGUGAAGCUGUCUUCGACCAAGUCUAUCUCGGUCCAGUAGACCCUACUGUGGUUACUAAGUUCUACGAUUUUUAGCCAGGGGAAACCACAACUUUCCACUGAGGCUUUCGCGUAGAAGUAUGGGUUUUCACAUUUAUUUAUUUUCCUCACAGCAAAAAGUUGAUUUGAUCAAGCAGUAUUGCAGAUUGAUUCAGCCCCAUUUGGAACUAUGACUGCUACUACUACUAUUACCAACAACAAAAAAAACAAAUACAGAAGUUACUUUGAGUACUUCAAGGAACUGAAUUUCUUGAAGCUUCUACAAGAAGUAGAGCCAAAGAUGUAAUGGGCAAUUAUAAGAUCCAUUUUUUGUGACGGCUUGGAAGGUAGCUGACUGAUAACAAAAAGCUAGAGCCAUGUACAACUAUAUAUACAGGUUGGUAUUCUACUCACCAUAAGCUCUUGAAGAAUAAAAAAAUCUCAAUCAUGUGGAUGUACAUUUGAUAUAAGCUUACAAAUUUGGUGUGGCUGCAAUGCAUGACUUCUAAAGCUGGCAGAUCUUGGGUUUCCAAAAUUGUAUAGAGCAAUGGCAGAUGAUUUAGGUCAUGUUUGGAUUAUAACUUUGUGGAGGGAAGCGCUAGUAUCGAAUUGGUAUUACAUGAUUGUGAUCAAAACAGUUUUCAGUGUGUGACAUGGUGCAGAUGAAGUUGGCUACAAAAAUCUGAGGAGGUGCAACUAUCUUUAUAUUUUUCGUGUCUCAUCAAAUUUAGCGACAUUUGCAUGGAGUUCUGCUUUCAUCAAUCCAAUUUCCAUGAGCUGGAGUGAAAGUGUAAUGGACCUACUCUUUGUCAUUUUCAUUUUUGUUUUUUGCAGCUGUUAAUCCAUGGCCCCUAUUUGAAUGUUGAUGUUCUACAUUUGUAACUUGCUAUGAAGGCACACGUUAUAUCAUAAUUAAAUAAGAUGAUGCAAUUGUUUUUCUA